CGAUGUACCAUCUUUCGUUGCGUCUAACAAGAAUUCGAUAGGAUCUCUGUUGAGAUUCUUCCAGGAGAUGGGAAAGAGUGGUUGACACUCGAUCCCAGCCCCGCCGAGACGCCGCGAGAAUUCUUGCUCAUGGAAGGCAAUCUGGGCAUUCCCCAGAAGAGUCUCUACAAAGCCUACCUCGAAGCAGCACCAGCUUUCAAUCAGGCGAGGCUUCUGUUAAGGUCUAUCCCACACUCUAUCGACGUCAACCUUGCCGCUACCAUAGUUAGGACCACCGCGGUCCUACUCGUGGCCAAUCCAGGGCAUCAUUCCGCUUGGAAUGCGCGGAAGCGCACCGCUGAGAGUGGUCACCUGGAUCUAGAGCGAGAGCUGUUGUUCACGAGAGCACUACUCACCGUUCGAGAGUGUGCGAAGCACUCGCUUCUAUGGCAUCACCGACGAUGGCUCCUGCAGCACCUAUGCCGCCGUCGAGCUGUUUCAUCGAAUAUACCAUCAAAUAGCCGGGAAAGCAUCAGAGACGAGGAUUCUCUACGACAUCUAGCCAUAUCCCCCUCUCAACUCCGCGCAGAGUUCGACGCUUGUACCCUCGCCGCAACGACGUACGAGCGUAACUAUUUCGCCUGGACGCACCGGGCGCAGUGUCUGGACGCCCUCAUGAGCUUGCUACAGGGCGAAAAGGACUGUGGAUACCUAGACUUGCCGCUUGAGGAGAUGGUCAACGUCUCGCUCUGGAUAGACCGCCACGUCAGCGACUACACCGCUAUGCAGUACCAUUGCCGGCUAGUCUUGCUUAUCCGCGCCGCGGAAAUGCCACCACCUACAACGCUCCAAUCAGUGUACACACACGCGAAGUCGUUGGUAGAGGCGUUUCCGGAGCACGAGUCACUAUGGUGUUAUCUGCGAAGCGCAGCCAGGGUCGAAGACGUUUCAGAAAGUGAGAUUCGCCUUGUUGCGGAGAUGUUGCUGCAGACGCAGGUUGAGGCAGAUCCUGCUAGUCAGGCCAGCCUCCGUCAUGCCAAGGGUUGUCUCGACUGGCUAGGUCGACAUUCAUAGCCCUUCGACACUCCCAACAGUAUGCUUACUUUGCGAGCGGGACAGCUCGGAGGCAAGUCUCCGGUGAAUAUUGUCCGAUACC